AUCUUCUACAACUUUCCAUUCAACAUCAGAUUCACAUUUUCUUUCUACGACUGAUUGAGCAGUUAUGACCAACACAACUUAUCCUCGAUGCUUUUUUGAUAUUCAAUUUGGAAACCGACCUGUCUCGGUAAGCACAGGUCGUAUUGUUAUGGAAAUGUAUCAAGAUACUUGCCCUCGCACCGUCGCAAACUUUAUUUCCCUAUGCCAAGGCGAUCAAAUCUCGGCAGUAUCUGGAAAACAACUACACUACAAAGGUUCUGGAUUCCAUCGAGUCAUCAAGUCGUUUAUGAUUCAAGGCGGAGAUUUUACUCGAGGUGAUGGUACAGGAGGUGAAUCCAUUUAUGGAGAAAAGUUUGAAGAUGAAGACUUUUCUCGGUUGCAUGAGCGUCCUGGAUUGUUGAGUAUGGCCAAUGCUGGUCCUAAUACCAACGGUAGUCAAUUUUUCAUCACUACUUGUCCUACUCCUCAUUUGAAUGGCAAACAUGUAGUGUUUGGUCGAGUCAUCAAGGGCAUGUCUGUAGUUCGAUCUAUUGAAAAUUGCGAAAAGGGAGCCAAUGAUAAACCUCUCGAGGAUAUUAUGAUUGCCGAUUGCGGUGUGUUGGCCGAGGGUGAAGAGGAUGGUAUUCCUAUUCCCGAUGAUGGGGAUGUUUUACCCGAAUACACAGAAGACCACGAUCUGAUUCCAGAGGAUCAUCCCACAGAAUACAUUGCCUUUGCAUCACAAAUUAAAACGAUUGGCAACACACUGUUGAAGCAGGCUCUUGCAUCGACAGAUUCCACUGCUGCUCAGUCCUUUUUCAGUAAAGCCAUUGCCAAGUAUGAAAAGGCUGUUCGAUACUUGGAGGCUAUCAAUCCAUCACCAGAAGAGGCUACAGAAUUAACUUAUGAAGCCAAGCUCGAGUUUUUUGCACUCAAGGUGUCUUGUCUUUCAAACUUGUCGUUGGCAUCGGGCAAGAUCUCUGAUUGGGCUGGACAGCAGCGAUACAGUGAGCGGAUUUUGUCUAUUGCUGAAACGCUUGCAACGUAUACUGUCAAACAUUCAACUACUCCACUCAUGGUCACCCCUGCCGAUCAAAGUAAAGCUUAUUUCCGUGUUGGUCAAGCACUCGUGAAGCAGCUUCAAUAUGAACAAGGCUGUAAAAUGCUUGAACGUGCGCAAAGUCUGACUUCUGGCACACCUGAUGCUAUGAUCAUUAAAACCAUCAACGAAACCCAACGAAUGAUCAAGGAGCGUGCAGCCAAAGAGAAGCGCAUGUAUCAGAAGAUGUUUGAAUAAAUACAAUGCCGAGAAUGUCUUGAUC